AUGGCCGGUGCUCCAGAGAGUGUGCAUCAGCCGGCAGCGGGAGCCUCACAGGUGGAUGAUCUCCUAGAGGGAGUUCAUCGGCCGAGCAAUGCAUGCGCCGGCGGCUCUCCUCCGAGUGGUGUGGAGUGUCGUCUGCAGUCAGGUGUUGAUCGAGAGGAUCAUCACAUGCACAACGUUGGCUCUCACAGUGCCAUCUCCAGGCCAUCACCAGGUGUGGUGGAGGCCGCACGCAGCAGGUCCCCGAGGCCCCGUGAUGGGGCACAGUCGCAGAGAGGUUCUUCACAUGACGAGGGCCAUGUGAGUGCCGCCGAUGUUCUGCGGGUUUUCGAUGGUCUUCCUUCGGAUGCCUUGAAGAGGGGUGCCGAUGCACCUCUCCCAACUUCGAAAUCUUAUGCCACGGGAGCGUAUGUUCUUGGUGGUAAUGUAGGCCUGAAGGCCAAUGCCUCAGCCAACCCGGAGGCGCUCAAAGUCUUUGCAAGGUUUGUGAGACAGCGUGCUCCGGGGUUUAAGUUUUCUUCGAUAAAUAUAUUUGAGGAUGUUCGCACUGAGCGCCAUCGAGAUCAGUGGAAUGCCAACUUGCAUAACUUGGCGAUUGCACUGACUGACUUCUCAGGUGGAGCUAUCUUUGUGGAGCAUGAAAACGGUCGAGACGUAUCCGACCUUAAUGGUGCACGAGGCUCUCGCUUGCAGGUUGCUAAGGGCCCUGUCCGAUUCAAUGCCAGACACAAUUGGCACUACACCGAGGCGUGGCAGGGCCGUAGAGUCUUGCUGGUUGCAUUCACCAUCCGUCAUGUUGAAUCGCUGUGCAAGGAACAUCUUGACUUUCUCCGCGAGUGUCAUGUUGAUGUUCCGAAAUGCGCGCCCGAGGGCGCGCGGUUGGCGCCUGCUGAAGCGUGUGCUCGUCAGCCGCCAUCCUUGACCUCCCCCGUAGCUCAGGAGUCGCUUAGGCCCUUGCCCGCUUCGGUUGUCCCCGCCGUUGACCCUAAGGAACCUGUGAGCGACCCUGCUAGUCCCUUGAAGCCCGGUUCUGCUCUCUAUGUCGAGAUAAAGUGUGGGUCCGGAUUGCUGCCGGCUCGGGUGCGGCGGGACGGAUUUCAAAUCAUAGCGCUUGAACAUUCUCGCCCCGCUGGGCGAGUGCACACUCACCUUGUCCCGGUGGACAUUGAAACGGAGUCGGGUUUCUCCUUUGUGCAGACUGUCAUCAGCCACGAUGCCCCUUUUCACGUGCAUUUCUUUCCUGCGACCAAGGAUUGUUUCAAGGCUACUUUUUGCGCCGGGCAAACCAUUCGCAUCGCCAAACUCUUGCUUGCAUCUGAUUCGCAUUGGAGUGUCUUGCAUCCCCUGGCGUCAGUCCUGUGGAAACAGCUCGACUUGCCCGACAACCUCCAUUGCGUGGACUUCUGUGCAGGUUGCUACGGGGCUCCCAGUCCUGUCAAAAUGCGUCUGUGCACAACCCAGGCCGCGCUGGCUGGCAUGCCGGUGCCAGCAUGUCGUUGUCGCCCCGGGCCCCAUGCUGCGGGCUCGCUUUCGCCAGAUGCCUUGUACACUUCGAAAUUCUGUGAUGUGUUUGCUGGCCUCCUGCAGCUGGCGGUUGGCCAAUCUGGCCUCUUACUUGAGCAUGCUCUUCCACUGCAGAGUUCGCGGCAUUCUGCCGUAGCAGCCGCUGGGCGGCAGCCGCGAUUGUCAAAAUUCCAGCCGCAGAUCGCCGAGUUUAAGUGCCAAGCCACGGUCCGUGAGUUUCCGUGGCCCCUUCCUUUGGAUAAUAAGGGCAAUCUCACCUGUGCCGUAGGGUCGAUCCCUCCUGGCUCCCGCCUUCUUCGCGUUGUGUGUGAUCGGGGGGUCGUCGGUGCGAAACAGGUCGGAAGCCUGUCAGGUGUGCCUUCAGCAGUUACCUUUGGCAUUUACCGCACGGAACAAGAGUUUGUGGCUCAGGCAUUGCAUAUCGAUCAUCCCUUCGACUUGUGCGUGGCAGUCCCAGACUUCAUGUUGAGAGCGUUGGCUUUUACCUUGAAAGAGGGCCCGGUUGGUGUGAUGAAGCACCGUCUGAAUUUGCUCCAGCAGUGGACUUCUUGGAAACGCGAUUUGGCUGGUGCCGAAGCAGAGCUGCAUGCUGCCAUGGAUCCUGGUGUGGCUUCUGUUAUGAAGGGCAAGAAUAUUUUGCUUUUGGAAAAAAUUGCAUCGUCUUUCGGAUGGCCUGACACUGAAGUCUUCGAACACCUUAAGCAUGGUUUUCCUUUGGUGGGGGAGUCGAGUCCUUCUGGCAUCUUCGACGUGGACAGAAAACCGGCUCUGAUGACAAGGGCAGAGCUUGUGCAGCAUGCUAAAUUCCUUAGGCCUGCGCUGUGGGCGAAGGUGGCGAACGCGGAGGUGGAUGAUUUAGCUCGGGAAGUGUGGGAUUCCACACAGCAAGAGAUGCUAGUCAAGGAGUGGCUAACCGGGCCUUACUCGUGGGACGAGCUGCAAGCCCGUCACCCAGAAGGCUGGCUUCCAGUGCGGAGGUUCGGCAUUGUGCAAAAAGCCAAGACGAGGUCGAUCGACGAUUUGGCCGAGAACUCUGUAAACUGCGCUUACGCUGUUUCCGAUCGGAUUUCUUUGAGGGCCCUUGACGAGUUGGUCUGGCUUGCGAUCACCCUCUUCAAGAUCUUCCUUGCAAAAGGCGAGGUGAGCAUCCCGUUGUCGGACGGUGACCAUCUUCGCUUUCCGGUGCAUUCUUUCUGGAGGGCCCUGAAACCCGAGGCGCUUCAGCCGAGCUUGAAAACAGUGGACUUGAAGAGUGCUUAUAAACAGUUGGCGGUUUCUCCUCGAGACCGCUGUCUGAGCAUAGUGGCCAUCAAGGACCCGGUCUCGGGGCUUGCGUUUGGCUUCGAGAGCCGAACCCUUCUGUUUGGGGCCACCUCGUCGGUGGUCUCAUUCAAUCGCGUUGCAAGACUGCUCCAAAGGGUUCUGGUUGCCUUGCAGGUGCUCGCCUGCAACUACUUCGACGACUAUCCGGUGUUGGAGGUCCUGCCGCUUUGCAACAACACGCAGUCAACUAUCAGAGCUGUGCUGGACCUGUUGGGUUUCACAUGGGCAGAAGAUAAGGAUCUUCCCUUCAGCCAUGAGGCUGAGCUUUUAGGCGUUCGGGUUGACCUUGGUUGCUUUGGGGUAGUUAAGAUUGGGAAUAAGCCCGAACGUGCAACUUCCAUUGCUGACGCAGUGGACUCCGUCUUGAAAGCGGGCCAUCUUGAUCCGAAGACUCUGCCAUCAUUGUUCGGUCGCUUGCAGUUUGCAGAGGGUCAGCUUCACGGGCGAUUGGGCAGAUUGGCACUGGCCGACCUCAGGGCGUGCACGAUGAGUUCUCAGGCCAAAACCCUUGAUGCCACGGCUGUGCAGGCCCUUUGUAAUCUUAGGUCCCGGGUUCUUGGGGGUACCCCUAGGAUAGUCCCGGCUUGUGUGGGGUCUCGUCGUUCUGUGAUUUUCACAGAUGGAGCGUACGAGCCGACGAGUGAAACUCACCCCGCCACUGUCGGAGGAGUCUUGUACCAUUUCGACAACGGCGCGUGGUGCACUUUCUUCUUUGCAUGUGCUAUCCCUUUGAGCGUUGUACAGAGCUGGGAGGCUCUCGGGAAAAGGCAUUUGAUAGGCCCAGUUGAGAUGUAUGCAGUGGUAUGUGCGAGAGAAGCUUGGGCGAAGCACUUGGACAUGCAAAGGGUGACCAUGUAUGUGGAUCACUCCGGAGUGUUGGCCUCUUUGGUGAAGGGCUCUUCGAAAGACCCUUUGUGGAGGCAACUCUUGCUGAUCUUUGAGAGCUGCGACGCAGAGGCGAUGCUUCCUUGGUUUAGCCGCGUUCCAAGUGCAAGUAAUCCGGCCGAUCCUCCUUCGAGAGCUAAGUCAAUCUUUCCAGUCAGGGGGCAGGGGUGGGAUGGGUGGGUAGCUGCACCCUGGCCAAAGGGCCGGAAAAUUUUGUCCCUCCCUCCACUCCCGGGGUGUUCGUUGGCGAUCCUCGUGUUCGCCAUCGAUCGGUGCGGGGAUGAUCAGGUUGGCGACUCCGAGUUGCUUCCUGCGUUGUGCCGGCCUCGCACUUCCGAUUUGGAGCCAGAGCUCUCUCCUGAGGAGCUGGAAGCCCUUGACGUCAUUGCUGAUGGAGUCGAGAUUGCUAGGCUUGAGGGCAUGAGUGUUUUGCUUCCUGAGACAGCAGUGCACAGCAAGGAGUAUGAGGGUCAGGAGCCCACUAAGCUCACAACGCGCAUGGUUCGCACAUGGCGCGAAAAGCAGAUCGGUGAUACUCCGGUCUGGUACAGACGCAGCAGAUACGUUGCUCGCGAGUAUGCUUGGCUUAGUGAGCGUCACGACCUCUUUUCUCCUGCUUCCACAGCUCUGUCGAACCGCCUGCUGCCGAUCCACUUUCUGUGCCACGAGCCUGAUCAUGACGAUCCAUGGGUCAUGGUCGCCCUCGACAUUAGCGACGCUUAUCUCAGCGUCAAACAGACCCGCCUGGUCAUUGUGCAGCAUGCUGGUACCAACUAUGUGUUGGGCCGCGUCCUUCCAGGACAGCGUGAUGGGUCUAAGGAGUGGUAUGUGGCAUUUUCCACUUUCCUUGAUGAGGCCCUGGGCUUUAAGAAGUGCGAUGCUUUGCCUUCGUUGAUCCGUGAGCCCGCUUCCAAGUUCAGUAUGCAGAUGCAUGUGGAUGAUUUGCUUGGUGCAGGAAGCAAACGGUUUUUGGAGGAAAAGCUUAAGCCCACUCUUGAAUCCAAGUAUCGUGUGAGUGUCCACAUUUUGGAGAAACCUGGAGAUACCAUUUCCUUCUUGAAGAGGCAUCACACACUUGUUGCUGAGGGCAAGAUGCUGUUGACUCCUUCUGCCAAGCAUUUUGAGAAACUGUUUUCAGUGAUGAAAAUCGAUGAGCGCAGCGCUCCCAAGAAGACGCCCUACGCGUCCUUGCUUGAUGAGGUUGACCACAGUGAGACACUGCCGCCUGCAGAUGCAAAGGCCUUCCGAUGUGCCAUUGGGAUACUUCUUUACUUAGCUGUCGAUCUGAUUGAGUGUCAAGGGGCCAUUCGUGCAUUGAGCAGUUACAUGACUUCGCCUACACGCAAUGCUCAAAUUGCCCUGCGCCAGCUGUUGAAGUAUCUUCUUGAAGGGCAGCACCACGGCCUUCUUCUUGAUCGAAAGCACUGCUGCGGUGGAGUGUCAAGAGAGAUCCCAUCAACAAGCCAGGGCGUGCUCUGCUUGGAAUCGUUUUCAGACGCAAACUGGGCGUCGAGCAAAGGAUCGCGUAAAUCCGUCAGCUCUGGAAUGGUGUUCGUAGGAGGCUGCCUCCUGUACAGCAGCAGCCGGACACAAAGGGUGAUAGCCUUGAGCUCCGGAGAAGCCGAACUUUUGGCUGCCACCUCGACGCUGUGCGACGCGUUGUUCGUCAGGCAACUGCUAGCCUUCAUUGCUGAUGUUGAUCCUCCACAGGUGCACCACUUUCUUGACGCGACUGCUGCGAAAUCGAUCAUGGAAAGGAGCGGCGUCGGCCGCGUGCGACACUUGAGUGUCCGUGUGCUUUGGUCUCAGCAGCUUGUGGCCGAACAAGUGAUCGCCCUUCACAAGGUUGGAACCUCUGUCAACGUUGCUGACUUGAACACCAAAGGACUCUCCAGGAGCCGCAUGCUCCUGCUGUUGAAUCUCCUUGGAUGCUGGCACACGUUGCAUGAACGCUUUGUUGGGGAAGACGAGAUUGCAGAGUUGCACUACAAGCAAGCCAUGAAAGAUGCUGUGCGUGCGGUGCGUGCUUCCUCCACCGGCGCUGUGAGCAAGCCCAUGAUCCAGGCCAUUGUCAUCGCUGUUGUGAGCGCCUUGAGUCGUGCUGCGGAUGUUUCUGAAGGUGAUGACAGCUUGGCUGAUCAGGACGAUGGCUUGCCUGACUGGGCCAAUCGGGUGCUAGUGUGGUUUCUAGGCUUGUGGGUACGCGACGACACUGGCGUGUCUGUCAUCGACAUGCUUGUGCAGCCCCAUGCUUUGGUCCUUGCGUGCGUGACAAUGCUGAUGCUUGUGUUGUGCAUCCGCACUUUGUGCUGCAGGGUGUCUGAUCGCGGCCAGGUCAAUGUGCAGAUCGCUGGCCCUCGUGAUCAUGUCUCCUUUCAGUUUGAUCGCCAGCUCAAUUUGCAUGUUGGAGUUGGUGCGCCUGGGACCCCUACGAAUCCUCUGUCUUUCGACUUUGAUGGUGAUGAUAGCCCUCCACAUGUUUUGUCCGCGCUACGCAAAGGUGCAAGGUCCAAAGCUUCUACCAGACCAGGUCCGAGGUACGAAGAUGAGGAUGCUCCUCAUCCCGACGCGAGUUCGUCAGCAGCACCGCCCACUGGUGCGAUGAAUGCAGUGCAGGCUCAUGUGCCUCCUGCUGACCAUGCAUCAGCACCUGGAACACCAGCAGAGUCAAUGAGUUCGCAGCUUUCGACGCAGUCGUUCCGCGAGCUGCACGGGUACCCUAUCGCCGUGGCACGGAGGAUGAACCACCGUGGGGGCCUCGUGUGGGUGUCGCACACGGGCCGCUGCUAUCAUCGUCUCCGGUGCUUUAAGCUUGAUGGGUGCGAUCGUGUGAAGGCGUACGAGCGCCACGAAGCACAGAACCGCGGACUCCGUGCGUGCAAGAAAUGCAAUCCAUGA